UAUAAUAGAACUAUAUGUAAUUAGAUAGUUUACAAGGCCGCAUCGUUGACGCUUUUAGUAAUUGGCAUAAAUCAAGCAUACGCCCUGUUGCGCUUCGCUGUCCACUACAAGGUAUUUGCUAGUUGAGUCUGUCAAACAAUUUUAGCAUGUCAAGCAUGAAUUGGCAUUAUAAAUGAAAUUGUAGAAGCUUAGAUAAAGCAACAAUUUUAGCCGCAAUCGUUGAGCCAAAGCCAUGUCAAUCCCUCAAUUAGUCAAUAAUUUCUUUAUGUUUAUUAAUACAAUUGAUCAGUUGGUACUGCUGUCCAAACACAAUCUUAUCUUUAGCGAUGUUUACUGGGCGUGAGAAAGUGUCUGUGAGUGCGAGUGCGAAUUAUAUGAAUGGUUGGGGUAUUCAAAUGGUAUUUAGUCGCCGAACUAAGCUAGAAGCGAACAUUAACAAAAUUGUUCUUCAAUUAAAAUGGAAUUGUUUUUGUGGGUCCUGCUUGCAGUUCUUAGCCUUUACUUUUGGCUCAAGGAAAUGAAUAAAGAUUACUUUGUACUGUCCUUUUUUGCGCCUCGUGUGCAAACCAAGGACGGUCGUCCUGUAGAGAGCAUUGCUCCUGUGGCCAAGGGCAAGACAAUCUUUGGCAAUGGCUUCGACCUGUACGGCAAAAGUGACGCUGAGAUAUUUCAACAUUCACGCGGACAUGCUAAGAAAAUUCAAAGCAGUUAUAUUGAAUAUGGAAUGGGCAUGGCACUUUACAACGUUAUUGAUCCUGAGGUUGUCGAAUUGAUAUUGAAUGAUCAGAAUCUGAUAACCAAAAGUUUGAUAUACGAUUUUCUGCACCCUGCACUGCGCACUGGACUCCUGACCUCAACAGACAAAAAGUGGCAUAGUCGACGCAAGAUAUUGACACCAACCUUUCAUUUUAAUAUAUUGGCACAAUUCGAGGAGAUUUUCAAAGCCGAAAGUCUGAAGUUCGUUGAACAAUUUCGUGGCGCAUCUGAGAUUUCAAUUUCUGUUAGUGAGUUGAUACCCCGUUUCACGCUCAACAGUAUUUGUGAGACUGCUAUGGGUGUUAAGCUAGAUGAUAUGGCUGAGAAGGGCGACAAUUAUCGCAAAAACUUUGCUUUGAUAGAAAAGCGUUUCUUAAGGCGAAUAAGCAAUCCCUUUUAUUGGAAUAAUACAACUUAUAAUCUCUUUGGUGCCAAGGAGGAUAAACCCAUGCUAAAGACAAUUCAUGAUUUCUCUAGUGAAAUUAUUGCUAAGCGACGCAUACUUCUGCAGGAUGCUCUAAGGAAUCCUCAAAAUACGCAUGCAGAUGCCGAUGAUGAUAUUUACAUCAACAAAAAGCAACGCUAUGCCAUGCUGGACACCUUGAUAUUCGCUGAGAAGGAUGGACUCAUUGAUCACCAAGGAAUUUGCGAGGAAGUGGACACACUCAUGUUCGAGGGCUUCGAUACCACUUCAAUGGGUCUCAUAUUUGGACUGAUGAAUAUGUCUCUCUAUGCUGAUAAGCAAGAACAGUGUUACCAAGAAGUCAACGAGUUCAUCGAUGAUGAUUUUAGCAACCUUGACAUCAAUCAAAUAGCUAAACUGAAGUACUUGGAUUGCUUUGUCAAGGAAACAAUGCGCAUGUUUCCCUCGGUGCCUUUUAUGGGUCGUCAAGUGCAGCGAAAGACAGAGCUGGCCAAUGGUCUCAUCCUUCCUGCUGGCACACAGAUUAUGCUGCAUGUGUUUGAUAUCCACCGGAAUCCCAAGCAUUGGGAUUCGCCAAAUGAAUUUCGUCCCGAGAGAUUUUUCCCCGAAAAUUCUACGAAUCGUCAUAUAUACUCCUACAUUCCGUUUAGUGCGGGGCAGAGGAAUUGUAUAGGACAAAAGUAUGCACUGCUGGAAAUGAAGACGCUGCUGAUCGUCGUGCUGAAGCAGUUCAAGAUUCUGCCACUUGUGAAUCCGAAACAUUUCGUUUUUAAUAGUGGCAUCACAUUGCGAACCAACAAUAAUAUUAAAGUAAAACUUGUGAGGCGAUGA